UGGAGUAUAUAUACAGGACAACUUAACAGUAUGGUAUUUGAUGCUGUAUAGAUCAUCAUAGGUGAGAAAGGAGGAUAAGAGGAUGUCAAACAUUGGUGUUGUACACUGCAUCUCUUCAGAUCUUCUCUAAUGGAAACCAAAGACGAGAAGGACAUUGCGUUUUCGGAAUGGGUUAGGAUGUGCCAGAGUUUUGCGACAAGCAAAUCUAUAAUGCUUAUACCCACAAUAUUUACAGUGUUAAGCGACCAAGAGUUGUGUUGUGACAUUCACGUAAUUGGAAGCUGCGGUGAAGGUUUCGCCAACUUAUGUGCUGCAUCUAAUGACGCAAGUGACAUCGACACUAUGGUUGUAGCCAAACAUGGGCUUGUGUUUGAACACCACUGUAGUCCUGUUCCAGAUUCUACCUGGCUUUUUCAGAUGCAAGUUUGUCCUAACAAUUCUGGAUAUGUUAGGCUCAGAAUGUGUAAACACGGAAAUAUCAAGAACUUUGUCAAUGGUUUUCCCGAUAUAGCGACAUCAUUGGAAUACGACUCUCUGGCAGAUUGUAACUAUCUAACCAAUGUAUUCUUCUUCCGCCGGAUAACGGAUUCCCAUCUAUGUGCAAAGAGUCCUAUGUCAUCGGAUUUCUUUACUUUGUUAACAGGGACAACCCGUGUUUCAGGUCCGUCUGUGAAUAGAAAGUCACUGAUAAAGUACGGCUCCUUCUUGGGCGAAAUAGAAUUUGAACAUGUCUUUGCACUAAGAUGUCCCGAAUGGCCGUCAGUUGCCAGCGAAUGGAUAUCACGUGAGAGAUAUAGAGGAUGGCCCUCACCAGAAUUCAUCAGCCAGCACACUUCAAAAGGCUGCUACGUAGUUCCAGUUGGUUGUAAGGAGUGUGAUAGAAUGCAUCUUGACUGGAGAAUUUCUUUUGUACAUGUCGAACAAGCAUUAGUCAAAAGCAUGAAUACAUAUCAAUGGCUUUGUUUUCAUUGGCUUCGACAGCUUAAAAAAAUAAUUUUCGGAGUCAAAAUGCCAAAUGUUAUAACUUCAUACAUCAUCAAGACAACGCUUUUCUGGACUUUAGAGGAAAUAUCUCCAGAUCUUUGGCAACGAAGCAAACUUCUCGCAGCAGGUGAAGAGUGUCUGGACAAAUUAAUCACGUUUGUUCAGAAUGGUUACUGUCCAAAUUACUUCAUCAGGACCUGUAACUUGUUCAAAAAGACAUUUUCCAACAUAGAUAAGCAGAUGGUUUUGCAAACUUGUUUGGAUGUCAAGAAAAGUCAAUUAAAAUUUAUGUUUGAAACAUCGCCUUUCCUGAACAGAUUAGGAACAUUAAAGGCAUUUGGUGGAAAUAGUGUAGAGUUAAAUAAAAACAUUACCAAAUUAAUCACUUUCAUGACAGUUAAAACAUUAAUGGAAUUUUGUCUUCCCCCGCCAGUCCCGAACUCCAGACCAGAGCUAAUUCAGUGGUGCAGGAACAUUCAACAAAACAUCAAAGGUGCAAUUAACACGCGUGAAUGUGAUAAAGAAAUGAAGACAUGUCUGGAUUACAUUCAUACUUUCACGGACCGAUGUCUCAAGUCUUGUAUGCUUCGAAUGCCAUACAGCCAAGAAAACCCCACUGCCCUUGAACUCGAACUCAUUGAUUUUGAUUCAGAGGAUGUUUAUAGUGUCGCCAAUUUUUGUCACUUGCAAAUGGUUGCUGGUAGCUACACCGGAUGCAACGGUUUGCUUACGAAGUUCAUCGAGAUUCAAAAACAAAGGGAAUAUAGAAAUAUUGACUUCCAUGAUUACCCGUUGAGCAUCCAUUUGGAUAAUGAUUGAUAAAGCUGUGUACAGCUUUAUCAAUCAUUAUCCAAAUGGAUGCUCAACCUAUCAUUUUUGAUAUGGUAUUCCUACAAAUAGAGCAAGAUACUCUUCCUACACCAAUUCAGACCGAAAUCAAUUCGUCUCUGAUAAAUAUACCGAACCUUUCUACCCAAACCCAAACGAGAAGAGUUCUUAUUGUCGAUCCACUCGUAUAUGCUUGUUUCUUGCGGUUUUGGUGCAGCAUCAAAAUGGAUGAAAACAUCGAGAAGUUGAAGGCCCGUGAUGCUAUGGUGUGGUGCUGCGGUCUGGACAGCAUAUCACAUAAAGCAGUGGCCUUGAACCUACUGGCGUACUGUCACAUUCAACUGGAGGAGUACGAAACGGCUUUUAAAGUACUCUGCCGGGCUUUGAGCAUGACGCCAGUAAGGCGUUCAACACUGGUCUAUAUCGCAACUCUAGUAAAUACCAAACUGAGGCGGCCAUAAGAUAAUUGGAGACUGCGUUGUUCUAAUGGUCACUGUUUUGUCAUCUUUAGUUCAAACAUUGAAGACAAGAACAAGAACAUCGUCAGGCCAUAUCAGUGGUACAUCUAGUAUUUCUAUUCAUUGUGAUUAUGGAAAUAUAGUAAAAAUAGUGACUAAUUUA